GUGCUGGAGGACUACGGCAGUCCGGAGCUGAGUAAGGCGCAGCAGCGGCUGGCAGCCAGUGCGGCCAGGGUGGCGGAGCAGUACCAGCAGCGGUACAAGGCCAAGCGAGCCAAGCUGCCGUUCAUGCGGCUCAAGGACUUUGACGCCCAAGUCGCGGGUCCCGGCGCCCCUUCCGACAUGCUGCUGGUGGUGGCGGUGCUUGCGGACUGGAACCCCGUGUGUGCGCGCGUGGAGGCGGCGGUGGAGGCGGCGCAUGGGGGGCUGGCGGAGGAGGCGGCGGCGCGGAGGGGCAGCGAAGCGGCGAGGAUCAAGAUGUACAAGCUGGACGCCAGCGAGGGCAACACGCUGCAGGACCGCUACGGCUUCCGUACCGUCCCCAUGUUCCUCGCCUUCUACGAGGGCAAGCUGGUGUGGGCGUCGAACAAC